CACCAAAAAGAAGAAGACUAAUUGUUCACAACAUGUCACAACAGCAAUUUUAAUAUUUUUACAAGAAUUACAAGAUAAAAAAAAGAUAACAGACUGGUAAUUGAUGAUGUGAUACCGAUUUCUUUAAAAUAAUAACAGAAUGACGAAGAGCCAGUUGUCUUUUAGGCUUCGACAAAAUGCACCGCAACAAACUCGUAGGGAAUCCCGCGAUAAAAGUCACAAAAAACCUCAAAAACCACCACCAAAUAAACCAGUAGAAGUUUCAACCAGUACCAGUCCCGGCUUAAUAUUUCCAGCAAGCGAUACAGCCUUUAAAACACUUCUAUCAGCAAGAUUUUGUGCUGCAAUAUGGUCACACAUAUCAGAUUGUGAUGAAACUUUCAAUUACUGGGAACCUAUGCAUUACUUAAUUUUUGGUAAAGGCCUGCAAACAUGGGAAUACAGUCCUCAGUUUGGGCUGAGAUCUUACUUUUACUUAAUGCUACAUGCAGCACCUGCUUGGAUAUAUCAUAAAUUGGUACAGCCCAAUCCUUUACUAAUGUUCUAUUUUGUUAGGUGCAUAUUAGGAGUCAUAUGUGCCAGUUGUGAAGUUUAUUUUUAUAAGUCAGUUUGUAGAGAAUUUGGAGUUCACAUUGGUAGAAUAUGUCUGGCAUUUCAGUUGUUCUCAGCUGGAAUGUUUAUUUCUAGUACAUCAUUUUUGCCAUCCAGUUUUGCCAUGUAUACAUUUGCAGCAGCAUGUGCGUCGUGGUGGCAGCAAAAGUAUGCCUUAGCGAUAUUUUUUACUGCACUUGGAUCCUUGUUAGGUUGGCCUUUUGCAGCCUUACUGGGCGUUCCAAUAGCUUUUGAUAUGUUAUUCAGAAGGAAACUGUACCUGGAUUUUGUAGCAUGGUCUGCAUUAUGUGCUCUAGUCAUUUUAGUACCAAUGGUGGUUGUAGAUUCUAUGCUUUUUGGUAAAUUAAUUAUAGCUCCUGUAAAUAUUGUGCUAUAUAAUGUGUUUGGAGGAGCAGGACCAAAUCUUUAUGGUACUGAACCGUUUACCUUUUAUCUCCUCAACGGUUUUGUAAACUUCAAUUUUGUUUGGAUCUUCGCUUUAUUGAGUCCUAUAGCAAUAACCUUAAACUACUUCUGUGUGCCAGCUAAGAAUAAAUGCACAGUAUACCUACCAUACUGGCUGUCAUUGAGUCCUUUAUAUUUAUGGCUUCUUGUUUUUAUGAUUCAAGAACACAAAGAAGAAAGAUUCCUUUAUCCGGUGUAUCCCCUGAUUUGUCUUAGUGGAGCCAUCACUGUUGAUAUAAUCCAAAAAUUGUGGUUUAGAAUUUUGAACUUCCUGCAGAAAAUGCCUCAAGGGACACAUUACUUGGAUAAGACUAUGUUUAUAAUGUUUAUUAGUAUACUGUUGACUUCUUUACUGGGUAUAUCCAGAAUACUAUCUCUUUAUCGAAACUAUCACGCAUCUAUCGAUUUGAUGAUGGAAUUAAAUAAGUAUCCAGUGGAACAAAAGAUUUCCGAAAGAGCUCAGAUUAAUGUUUGUUAUGGAAAAGAAUGGCACAGAUAUCCCAGUUCCUUCUUUCUGCCAAAUGUUAACUGGAAUAUUAGAUUUAUAAAGUCAGAAUUUGACGGAAUGUUACCGGCGCCUUACUCAGUGGGCGACAACGCUACCAGCAUCGUCCACGAAUACUUCAACGACCAAAAUCGAGAAGCUCCCGAGCUCUACUUCGAUAUUAACAAGUGCCACUUUCUCGUGGACACCGACUUGGGCAAAGAAACCGCACUGGAGCCCAAUUAUGCCAACCAGAAGGACCGAUGGAAAGUGAUUAAGACUCAUCGUUUCCUAAACCAGUCCAAAUCGCAUCCACUUUUUAGGUCGUUUUAUAUUUUGUAUUGGUCUGAUCGGUAUGUCACUUUUAGCAACUUUAGUCUGUUGCAGUCGACUAGAUUAAAAAUAAAAUAACAAACAGCGAAAAAGAAGCUAAAAGAUAAUUAUGGUGUUUUGACAAUAGUACCACAUAUGUUAUGAAUUUAUAAUGUUCAUUUUGGUAAGCUUCGCAAUCUCAAUUCUUCAUACUUUGAUAAUAAAAUUGAUGAAUGGUCGAAAUAUAGGAGAAACAAUUUUUUUCCUAUUAAUUUGUAAGUGAUUAAUUAAAAUAAUUUUUCAAUUCAUAAAUUAUUUUAUUUAUCAUGCCAUUUAUUCUAUUCACUUUUGUUCGUAGGUUUCUCUUUGGCUGUAAUGUUUCUUGUUGGUCAAAGGUUUAAGAUUUUCAGGACAUACAUUUGCUUAAUUUCCACGAGACAGUAUAUAAUUGUAGUAAGUUUAUUUCAUCUCUACGCGGUCGACAGGAUGUCGUUUGAAUAAUUACUGUAAAAAUGGUGUCAUCUUGAUAUUCUACACCAGCUUGCAUAUCGUGCCGUUUCUUCAUACGGUCGCUAGCGAUCUGAAGGUGGAAACGGACCAAUGGCAGCUAAUCUGAAAAGCUCAAAGUAGGUGGCGCUCGUGUAGUUGGAGGUCACGUUAACUUACGUCAACACUUCAAAUCAAUCUAUUUCUUAGUAAAUAUUGCAUAUUUUUUCGCUGUGUGAAUUAAACUUCAGAAAAUAAAAUCCCUCAAUGUUGUGCUGUGCAUUUGGGCUCACCGAGAACAUCAGGACACUGUAUUCUGAUGAGAAAAAAGUGGAUUGUAGCAAUAAGAGGGGAUAAAUAUGUGCCAACAAUAAAUGCACGUAUCUGCAAUAAACAUUUUGUUAAAACAGAUUACGUAUUGCCCCUAGAUUCGACUGUAAAAAAUAGAAUACUUCAUUAUAAAAUUCAGAUCAAAAUUGAUUAUAAACGCAGGGAUUAAGAUAUGCAAUUUUAUAUACAUUCACACUGUUGCCACACAUCUACAAUCGCUUUUUAUGGAGUGAAAAUAUGAAAAAAUUUAUAUUUGAAAUAAUAAUAUAGAAAAAUGUGAAAAUAGGACUUUCGGUGGUGUUUGGCCCGUUGAUUCAUUAACAGUGAUCUGUAGGCCAUUGCGAAGAACUGAAGGUAUUGGUCCCAGUCUCGCUGGUGAUUGGACACCAUCUUUGUCAAAUACUUGCCGACUGUCUUAUUCAUUCGCUCUACCAUUUCAUCCGAUUGCGGGUAAUAAGCUGUAGUCCUUGUCUUCUUUAUGCCUAGUCUAUCACAGAUUCCCUGAAAUACAUCGCUUUCGAAGUUCCUUCUUUGGUUACUAUGGAUCUCCAAAGGCACUCCAAAUCGGCUGAUGUACUCUUUGAUCAACACAUCUGCAAUAGUGGCGGCCUUCUGGUCUGGAAUAGCGUAGAUCUCGGCCCAUUUUGUGAAGUAAUCUAUUACGACCAACAUAUACCUACUUACAAUCAUCUUCACUUUCUGAUAGGAGCCUUUAUUUUCCGGUACGAUCCGUUACUCGUAGCACAAGUAGUACAUUUCUUACACCAGUCCUUUACAUCGUUGGAAUUAUUCAUCCAAUAAAACCGUUCCCGAAUUCUCUGAAGGAUUUUCUUUACACCAAGAUGCCCUCCUAAUGGACUGUCGUGUAACUGACGAAGUACUUCGGCUAUUCUGCUCUUUUGAUUCACCAAUUGUUCUCUCCGCUGAAGCGUCAUCAUUUUCCAAUACUCGUUAAGCAAGCUGUCCUCCAUGAUAAUAGAGUCCCUCUUGGCCCAAUACGGCUUGAUAUUUCUUGCCAAGAUGAUCGACGAUUUUCUUUUGUCCAUUUUCGAAUUUUCUGGAUCUAAAAUUGGCCCAUUCGCCAUUUUAAUUACUUACGACACUAAAACACCAAAAACAGCUGCCCUAGUUCAUGUCUCAAAUAUUUAUAAAUAGUCCAGUCGGGUUAGACGAAUAACAGGCCUAACCUUGCAUUAGGAGUUGCCCCAAAUUUUAUUUUUCUAUUCUUUGGGGGGACGGGGGGGCGGUUAAUAGUAGUGUAAAUUUAAAAUCUCGGCUGAAUUCUGCCGUUGCGUUAGCCGUAAUCUUGAUUUUAAACGAGAACCGUUUUUGCUCAAUAGCUUCGCCAUUUUCAACUUUUCGACAAAAAGUAUAACAACCAAAAUUGUAGAAAAUAUGAUUUUCUAUCAUUUCUAUUCUUACAAAUUUUUCGUGCCGUCGAUAUUUUCCGAGUAAUGGCGGAAAAUAGUGACAGUUAGAGCAUAAUUAUUGAAUUAUCUCGUUUAUUAUUAGUUUUACGACAAAAAUGUUCCAAUACAAAAAUAGAGAGAAUUAAAUUCUACAUAAUUUUGAUUUCUUUCAUUUUUUUGCUAAAGUUAAUAUUUAAGGUAGUACGUAUGCGGUAAUGGCGCGAGCGUAAGACCUGAUGGAUUUUGUAUCAAUUGUUUUUGUUCAAUAUCUACGCCAUUUUCAACUAAAAUUGUUCCAAAUAUGAUUUCCUACAAUUUCUUUUUAACAAUUUUUUCAUGCGGUUGAUAUUUUCCGAGUUAAGUGGGAAAAUAGUAAAAAGUGGUGGGGGGAACAUAAUUACUGAAUUACUUUACCGCAUACGUACUACCUUAAAUAUUGAUUUUAUCAAAAAAUUUAAAGAGAUCAAAAAUGUACAAAAUUUAAUUCUCUUGAUUUUUAUAUAGGUUCAGAUUUGUUGUAAAACUAAUAAUAAACGAGAUAAUUCAAUAAAUCAAUAAUUAUGCUCUAACCAAAGAAUACAGCACCCAACUGCUGGGGUGCUGUAUUCUUUGCUGUAACUGUCACUAUUUUCCCCCCAUAACUCAGAAAAUAUCGACCGCACGAAAAAAAUUAUUAAUCAACGAAAUUAUAGAAAAUCGCAUUUUCAACAAUUUCAGUUUCUACACUUUUUGUUGAGAAUGGCGGAGAUAUUGAGCAAAAACGGUUCUCGUUUAAAAUCAAGAUGGCGGCUAACGCAACGGUCAAAUUCAGUCGAGAUUUUAAAUUUAUACUACUAUUGACCCCCCCUAAAGAUUAGAAAAAUAAAAUCUGGGGCAGCUCGUAAUGCAAGGUCAAAUGCUAUCCCGACUGGGCUAAAAAUCAAGUUAAGUGUUCAAAUGGUCCAAAUACAUUUGUUUAUGGAUGACUAUUGUCAAAACACUCUGUUUAUCUCUAAUUAGUUUAUAAAUGUAGAUUGAUUUGUAACAUAAAUAUGAUAACAUAGUGUAACAAUAAUGAACUGGAUAAUACAGAGCUCUAUACUUCAUUCAGCAAGCGAGGCAAAAGAGGAAGAGAAUCAUAAAAAUAGGUUUGAUAGAAAUAUUUCAAGGCCAACAAGGAUUUAAAUGUCAAUUAUCACAGUAUUAUGAGAAUGCUUUGAGUCAACCAAUUGACAAAAGAUUAAUUUAAACGAUUCUUCUUUAGUUCCAACUGGAUCUACUGUUUCUUGUUAAGUGUUGUCAACUAGUUCUUUUUGGUCAAAGCAACCUUUAUUUUAUUAUAUUAUAUUUAUAUAUAUUUUAGUAUAUUAGUGUACCAAUGCGAUUUCUGUAAACUUUCUCACCUGGUAUGAGUGGAAAUACUUAAAUCACAGGAUUUGUGUUUUGGUAUCAUUAUUCAUAGUUUUUCCAUCAUCUUUAAAACACCAAUGGCAAAAUCGAGUUCCAUGGCACGUCGUCAAAAGCCAUUAAUCGAUGAAAUACUGAAAUACACAUUUCGUUAGCUUUUCGUGUCAAAAUUAUUUUUGAAACCAAAGUGUGUGGCUUAUAUUUCUUCCUAAUGUAUGUUAAGCAUUUGGCUGCUAACAAUUGAUCUAAACGAUCUACUACUACAUGUCGAUUUAUAGCGUUCUCCGCCGUUUUCAGAUUUCUAAUCGUCACUUCAUCCGGUCAUUCCAUAGGUUCUCUUAUAGGUUUCUUUCUCUAAGCUUUAUGUCUUUUCAUUCUCCCCAUCUUGUUCUCGGUCUACCUUGUUUUCUCUUACCUUCUGAUUGCCCUUUUAGUGUUUCCUUUGGUAUUCGUUUUCAUCCAUUCGUGUACCAUUCCUCUUCAUGUACCAUUUACUAGAUCUAUACUGAUUCGUUGAAAUACUCUACCUAGCUAGGUGGAAUGAAGUAUAUCGUCUUGCCACACUCCAACUUUUACACAAUAAAACAUAUUUUCGUUUGCUACGUACGUUAUAGAACUUUACCAUUGUGAUAUCACCAUUUUUUUUAAUAUUUAGGCUACCCAAAUGUAUAAUGGUUUUUUUAAAAGUAGCUCUAAAAGACUGACAGAGUUAUAGAGUACCAAAAUGUGAACUAUAAGUUCAAAAGUACUGUUAGCUUUGAAUGAGAUUAAUAAUUGAAAAUAAAUAUUAAUAAGAAGGGUAAAUAUAAAAUUAUUGUUAUGUGCAAUUUUUGUUACUUUUUUUUCAUACAACUUUUGUAUGUUUUGUUAAUAAAUGUUAUUCGACAGUGA